AUGACUUUAUACAUCAACCAAAACUGUACAGAGACCCCUUACUCCACAUCCACCGAAGACGUGGCACCCUCGGAAAGCACUUCAACAAAUGACGUUUAUACAUCAACCGCAACUGUUACAGAAACCCCUUACUCCACAUCCACCGAAGACGUGGCACCUUCGGAUAGCACUUCAACCAAUGACUUUUAUAAAUCAACCGAAACUGUUACAGAAACCCCUUACUCCACAUCCACCGAAGACGUGGCACCUUCGGAAAGCACUUCAACAAAUGACUUUUAUACAUCAACCGCAACUGUUACAGAAACUCCUUACUCAACAUCCACCGAAGACGUGGCACCCUCGGAAAGCACUUCAACCGAUGACUUUUAUACUUCAACCGAAACUGUUACAGAAACCCCUUACUCCAAAUCCACCGAAGACGUGGCACCCUCGGUGAGCACUUCAACCAAUGACUAUUAUACAUCAACCAAAACUGUUACAGAAACCCCUUACUCCACAUCCACCGUAGACGUGGCAACCUUGGAAAGCACUUCAACCAAUGACGUUUAUACAUCAACCGAAACUGUUACAGCAACCCCUUACUCCACAUCCACCGAAGGCGUGGUACCCUCGGUGAGCACUCCAACCAAUGACUUUUAUACAUCAACCAAAACUGUUACAAAAACCCCUUACUCGACAUCCACCAAAGACGUGGCACCCUUGGAAAGCACUUUAACCAAUGACUUUUAUACAUCAACCGAAACUAUCACAGAAACCACUUACUCCACAUCCACCGAAGACGUGGCACCCUCGGAAAGCACUUCAACCAAUGACUUUUAUACAUCAACCGAAACCGUCACUGAAACCCCUUACUCUUCAUCCACCGAAGACGUGGCACCCUCGGAAAAAACCCCUUACUCCACAUCCACCGAAGACGUGGCACCCUCGGAAAGCUUUUCAACCAAUGACUUUUAUACAACAACCGUAACUGUCACAGAAACCCCUUACUCCACAUCCACCGAAGACGUGGCACCCUCGGUGAGCACUUCAACCAAUGACUUUUAUACAUCAACCGAAACUGUUACAGAAACCCCUUACUCCACAUCCACCGAAGACGUGGCACCCUCAGAAAGCACUUCAACCAAUGACUUUAAUGCAUCAACCGCAACUGUUACAGAAACCCCUUACUCCACAUCCACCGAAGACGUGGCACCUUCGAAAAGCACUUCAACCAAUGACCUUUAUAAAUCAACCGAAACUGUUACAGAAACCCCUUACUCUACAUCCACCGAAGACGUGGCACCCUCGGUGAGCACUUCAACCAAUGACUUUUAUACAUCAACCGAAACUGUCACAGAAACCCCUUACUUCACAUCCACCGAUGACGUGGCACCCUCGGUGAGCACUUCAACCAAUGACGUUUAUACAUCAACCGAAACUGUCACAGAAACCCCUUACUCCACAUUCACCGAAGGCGUUGCACCCUCGGAAAGCACUGCAACAACUGACAUUUAUACAUUAACGGAAACUACUUUAGGAAACCUUUACUCCACGACUAACGACUACGAAACACCCACGGAAACGACUACAACCAAUGACGUGUAUACAUCUAUCUAA